CGGAUCCAGGCCAUUUUGCGAGUAGCUACUUUGCGAGUAGCGGCACGUGCUUGUCGAUUCGAGGAACACAGGACGGCAUGAACAAUGAACGGAGCUCGACGCGGAUUCUGGUAUCUGCGCUGGGCCCCCACGGCGGCGCCUCCGGCGCCGCCCCUGGCGCGUUCCGCGCGCCAGGGGGGGGGGGUCCAGCACAUCCAAGAGACCCGCGCGGACCUCCGAAAGUAUGUUUCUGCCGCUCCGUUGUUCCUCUGGUCUUGGCCCCAGGUGUCCCCCGCUCUGCGCGCCUCUCUGGAGGGCUUGGGGCCCAUUCUGGCAUCGUGCGGGGGUUACUUUCGGGGCCAUCUGAGCGGCGCAGGGAAGCUUACGCUAGCGCAUCCCCAGAGUGAUGCCCAUGUGAUUCUUCGAUGUGCAUUUGCUGAUUUUAUUUUCUUGCGAUGGGAACACGUGAAAAUCACACCAUGACGCAUUGGCUAAUGCAGCGUGCGACGUCCGCGUUGACGCCAACACAGCGUGCGACGCCCGCGUGUCCUGAGCGGAGCAGAAAGGCGGGGUCGUUUGCGCGGACAUUGGCGCGUAAGCCUUCCAUGUAAGGUCAAGCGCAGGCGUCCUUGUUCUCGACGCGGUGUGCCACGCUGGCGACCCUCGCCAGCCACAUCGUGCUUCAGACCCCUCUUCGUCGCUCAUCUGGGCCUCUCCCUGCGAUCCUGGGGGCACCUUGAGCCGGGGGGCGCUCUUGGGCAGCACCCGAGAGGAGGGCGCGGGAGGACCCGCUGGACCCGCCCCGGGUCGACCUCGCGGAGAGGCAGAGCGAGGAGAUCCCUUUCCUGGUGGAGACGGACUUGGAGCCGGCGGAGAUAGUCAAGCUGGACCGCGCGAACGAGUGGCCAGAUGUGCUGGCCACGCGAAAGCGGAAGCCUUCGCUCGCCUCCGAGCCUUGGGACGGGCAGAAGCCAGCGUAUUUCAAAGGAGGGAGCUCCAAGAGCAAGGAGAUCCUGGCUGCCAAGAGGUUGAUCGCAACCUUUCUGAGAAUGAGGGACGCGAACCGGCUCAUCCGCAUGGGCAUGACCACUGAUCCAGAAAUCGACGCGCGCGGCUGGUGCUGCGUGGCGCUGAUCAAGCUGGAGAGGUACGAGGACGCCGCGAGGCUGGCGGCCGGCCCGGACGGCCAGAGCCCGAUCGGCUGGACGACGCUGAGAUACGUCGUGCAGAACCUGGCAAAGGCCGGCGCCCUCGAGGCCGCCAUGCACUUGUCGCGGCUUCAGGCGAAGUCCGGGAGGACCAAGUUCAUCACUGCCGGGUCCCGUGCGCUCCAGAACGGGGUGGAGGCCCUGGCGCUGUACCUGCAGUCCACCUCCGCCGGCAUGCCGAAGCUGCUCACGGCCCACGGCACGCAGUGCUCUCUGGAGUUGGAGAGGAUGCUCGAGUUCAAGAACGACAUCCUGGCCAUCACGCCCCACAGGCGGUUCAAGAUGUUCACGGCGGCCUUCAACCAGCUGAUUCGCUGGUAUGGCCGUGCACGGCUCGUGCCGCAGGCGCUUCGCGCCUGCGAGAUCAUGAACGAGUUGGGCAUCCCGAGGGAUGAGAUGACUAUUCAUUUCCUGAGCCGUGGCUGCGCGCAGCAACUCGUCAACCUCAAGAUUGCCAAAAGGUACACGCAGGUGCCGCCAGACUGGCCCGGGAGGCGCCCAGAGGUCUUCUUCAUGGGGCGCGUGAAUUCGGGGAAGUCGUCGAUGAUCAAUGCGUUGUUUGCCUCAUUGACGAACGACGCCAAGGUCAACAAGCAGAAGGGCAACACGCCGGGUCUGAACUUCUUCGAGGUCAACCGCGAGCGGUUCGGCCUGCCUCAGUUUUCUAUCGUGGACUCGCCCGGCCUUGGCACAGCAUACAAGCCUUCGAGCAGCUUGAAGCACUUUCCCGAGUUGAUCUUCUCCUACCUCCGCAAUCGCCAGUCUCUGACACACGUGUUCCACCUGGUAGAUGUACGCAUGAAAAGGUUGCUGCCCGCCGAUAAGACGUUGAUACACUUGCUGGCCAGCGCUGCGCGUCCGCGCGUGCGCUACACCAUUGUGGUCAACAAGAUCGACAUAGUCACCCGGAAGCAGGCGAACGCCACCGCGAUGGCCAUUAAGACAGAGCUUGCCCCCUACGCAGAUGUGGACAUCAUGUUCUCCAGUGCCAGGACCAAGCGCGGCGUCGACCAGAUGUGGGCCAAGAUCUGGCAAUCCGUCACCGAGACGCCGCGGGGUCGGAAGCACAAGCUGCUGGGCCCAAACGAGCUCCUGAAGCUGCGGAACACGAUGGCGGACUACGACGGCGAGGGGGUUCCAAAGGAGGCGACCUCGGAGGACACCCUGGCAGACCUGCUCGACCUGGAGGAGGCCCCGCCGGUGGAGGCGAGCAGCCUGGUGGAUUUUGGCGACGCGAGCGCCCAGGAAGAGGGCGCUGCGCCCAAGGUGUCGAAGAAGAAAAUUCCGGGCGCGUACGCCGACGAUUGGGACGCGGACCAGCUGCCCGAUGAUUUCUACAUGGACGAGGAGGAACCCGACCUGCAGGAGGAAGUUUUCGAGCAGGGUUGGGCUAGCCAACAAGCUGUUAUCAGCAGACAGCCGCAAGAGGAGGACUUCCAGGCGACUGAGGAAGCUCCGGGUCCUGGAGCCGGCCGCUGAGUGUGAGCUUGUCGGGGCCAGCUGGAGGAAGGACGCGUUUCGCAGAGGUGGCCAGAGGCAUUGAUUCUGCCUUGGCCAUGUUCUCGGCUUUACGGUUCCUGCGUUCCGUGUGCAAAAAUGAAAUUGCCCAGCGCUGCAACGCCAGUAGCCUGUGGGCCAUGGCGUGGAGCCGAAUCCAAAAGAUCCUUGUUUUGGACAGUCCGAUCACGCUUGAAGAGUUGAGGAGGCCAAGCUGUUGAUGAUUGCGUCAUUGAUCUCGUUGAGGCCAUCUGGGAUUACAGUUAACGCGGCCAUUACACAAGGAACUUCAGAACUUAGCAGCUUGUACACAUUGCCUUUUCCAACAGAAGCGAUGCGAUGCGGCGUUUUCGGAGGCUACGGGCCAUCUGCGUUGCGCAGACCGUGGACGCGUGGUACAGAUGCUUAGCAGUCACGUAAUCUCAAUUGCAAGGGACAUGGCGAACAGUAACCUUGGUAUGCUUCCGGGAUGAAAGACGCAUAUCACUUGCCGAGUAUGUUUCCGAGAUGAAAGACGCAUGAUGUGUUUGCUUCCCUCCUGCAUUGAAGCAGUAACUCUAUAGGGCGAGCGAACGAGUACAGUUAUACCAUGCUGGGGAGCUGAAGCCCGAGAUUUGUCAACUAUCGGAAUGCAGUCACGGUUUCUUCUCUUAUGCGCCCUCUUGGCUCACCUUCCCCCCCCGUCGUCUUGGUUCGUGUGUGCUCUUUGGCUUGCUUGAGUAGCUGUGUGUUUGCGGACUGCUUCAGCAGAUGUUCGAACAUUGUUUAGCAGGUUGGCGUAUCAUCUGUUGUAUGAUGAUAAUGUGGCGGCAGUCAAAUACUGCAAUGCCUGACGGGUAGAUCGAGCAGCAUUGCAGAUACCAUUUCAUUGCUCUUGUUCUUCGAGCAUGGUCGAGCCUCGCGCGAAUCGAUGAAUGGAGGUUGGUGUGCACAUGAGUUUGCAUAUGCUGGCAUGCGAAUGACGAA